AUGAAUGCUAAAGACUUGGUUGAGGUCUUCAAGGUGUAUGGAGUCAUCUCAGAAGUAUUCAUACCUGGUAGGCGAGACAAGCGAGGUAGAAGAUUUGGUUUUGCUAAAUUUAGGAAAGUUCAUAACCCCCGAAUCCUAGCUUGUAAUCUUGAUAGUGUUGUUCUGGAAGGCAAGAAGUUGUUUGUUAAUAUUCCCAGGUUUAGAAAGGAGCAUAAGAAGAUGAACCCAGAUGGUGAGAACGUGAGGAAGCUAAACCAACCUGGACGUCCAAGAAGCUUUGAGAAAUUCGACACUUUUGCUAGGUCCUAUGCCAAAGUAGUUAGUGGGGUUGACCCUAAGCCAGAUGGAAAGGAUUUGGGAGGUGGUUUCUGCACAAGGCUUGAUGUGGAAGAUGAAUGGGUUUCUAGGUUAAAACGAAUGAGAGUGACAGUAGUUCUGGAGGAUAGAAACGCGUUCAAUAUUCAGAAGGUUAUUAAUGAAGAAGGCUUCUUCAACAUCAAGGCAAUUCCUUUGGGAGCUUCCAUGUGCUUAUUGGAAGACACAUCUGGUGGCGACAUUGAGGAGUUCAUCAAAGAGUCUAGCGAAUGGCUGGAUGUCUGGUUCAGCGAGAUUCGCCCUUGGGAUCAAGAGGUGAUUGACAAAGACAGGUUCAUAUGGGUAAAAUGCUAUGGUCUACCCUGUGUUGCUUGGAGUGAAAACAAUUUUUGGUUGAUACCUGCUAGCCUGGGAACUUAUGUUAAGUGUGAUGAGAAGACUAGGAAUAAAGAGUGCUUGGACGUGGCGAGAUUCCUGAUAAAAACGAGCUUAGGGGCUAUCCAGAAUAAGAAGAUUUUUGUUGAAGUGAAUCGCCUUGCUUUUUCCCUUUCUGUCACUGAAGAAGCUUUAUGUGGGUGUGACUCUUUGUUGGUUGAGUUGCUUGACUCAGUUGACUUUGAAUCAUCUGGUCCCUCAGACAUUGAUGACGCGUGGGAGAUGCUUGAAGAGGAUGAGAGUGGGGAAUCCAGCGCCUCGAUCAACGUACCAGAAGUGAGAGCCCCAACUGCUAAAAUCCUAGGUUCAGACUAUGAUCACACCUCUUUUGAUAAUGUGUCAGUAGUUGGAGACAACCUAGGGUUGAGUGCUACAGGUGGUGGUCUUAGAGGGAGCCAUGUUGGGAACUCUGCAGAUCCUUUUAGUUCAGAUGGCCCCAAAAUUGCUAAUCAUUCGGUUAACCUCGAACUAAACCAAUUUUUUGUGGCAAAUGAUAAAUUCACCCUAAAUGGAGAAUUAGUUGUGGACCUGGGGCUGCCUACGCCUCUUACUGGGCCUCUAGAUGGAGUUCUUGGGCCUGCGAAUAGAGGAAAAGCCAAAAAUAAAAAGCUCAUCAAUGAGAUUUACAAUUACAUUAAGAUUCCAUACACCCCCUCUUAUUUCUCUACCCUCCUUCUCAUGGCUUCAAAAGGGAACGCAGGAACUUUACUGAGGGGUUCUGUUAGGGAAGAUAGGAAUAAGAACUCGUUGAAUAGAAAAUCUCUUGAGUCUUGUUCUGAUUUUUUGUGCGGUGAAUCAAUUACUGAUACAGAUGUGGAGAAAGGAAACCUGCGAUGUCGAAGGGCCAUUGAUGAAGUCCUGUUCAAGUUGAGAAACUGCCUGAUAGAUUUAGGGGUCCAGGGAAAAGAUGAAGAUAGCUUGGGCAUAUUCUGA